AUGAGAGCUCGUGCGGCCAGAGCGGAGCCGAGAGCUCCGCAUUCCGCCAGCCGCUUCCUGCACGGACACGGGCCGGAGCCGGGAGCGGGGGAGCGCGGCCUGUCUGAGGCGGCCGCGCGGCCUGGGACGCGCCGGAAUGCAGGAGAAGCCAACGCGGAGGUCGCUGGCGCGCGGAGCGCCACGGCGCUCCGAGCCGCGGGGCUCACCGUGCGUUUCUGUGUUCGCAGGCAGCCCGCUUCCGCGAAGUGGUACGACCGAAGAGACUACGUCUUCAUCGAGUUCUGCGUCGAGGACAGCAAAGAUGUUAAUGUAAAUUUUGAAAAAUCCAAACUCACGUUCAGUUGUCUUGGAGGAAGUGAUAACUUUAAACAUUUAAAUGAAAUUGACCUUUUUAAUAAUAUUGAUCCAAAUGAGUCAAAGCAUAAAAGAACAGACAGGUCCAUCUUAUGCUGUUUACGAAAAGGAGAAUCUGGUCAGGCAUGGCCCAGGCUAACGAAAGAGAGGGCAAAGCUCAACUGGCUCAGCGUGGACUUCAACAACUGGAAAGACUGGGAAGACGACUCAGAUGAAGACAUGUCCAAUUUCGAUCGCUUUUCCGAGAUGAUGAACAACAUGGGCGGCGACGAGGACGUAGACUUGCCAGAAGUAGACGGGGCAGAUGAUGACUCACCAGACAGUGAUGAUGAAAAAAUGCCAGAUCUGGAGUAAGAAAAACUGUUGUCUUCAGGGUUUGGGGAAAGAACUUCAUCACAACAUUUCAUAAUUGAGAUAAGAAUUCCUGAGUUGAUAGCCCUAAAGGGAGAUACUGCAUCCUUUAACCCAUUUCCAGUCCAUUUUAAAUGGCUUCACUGAUGGUUGGCGUGUACCGUUGUAUGAGGCAGUCUUAAGCCGCAAGAGGCAAUAAUGUUUAUGCAUGAACCGUUUUCCAGACUUCCAAAAACCAGUUGAGGUGUAGGCAGUCGAUACAGAACAGCUGCAAUAAAAAGUUUACAGGGCCUC